AUGUCGCGCCCGACGACGACGGAAAGCGAACCGGCGCUCGACGUCGACGCCGUCAUGACGCAGCUCAUGGACGAGUUCAAGCGAAGAAACGGACGCGAGGCGACGGAGGACGAAGUGCGGCAGUGGAUGGCGGAGAUCUCGGCGGCGAUCGCGGAGGGCGGGCUGUGA